AUGGCUUCCUCCUCUCUCUUCAACACCUCUCUAUCUUCCCUCAACCCUAAUCAUGACCUCCUCCGCCGCCACUCUUCCUCCCCUCUCCUUCGCCACCGCCCCAUCGUCGUCUCAUGCACCUCCUCCACAGACGGAAACAGCACCAACACCACUCCAAUCGAGACAAUCACCAAGCCUCGCCGAACCGAGAACACAAUCCGCGACGACGCCCGUCUCCAACGCUCCACCGCCGCGAAUCCCUUCUCCGCCAGAUACGUCCCCUUCAACGCUCCCCAAGGAUCCACCGAGCACUACUCCCUCGACGAGAUCGUCUACCGCAGCCGCUCCGGCGGCCUCCUCGACGUCGAGCACGACAUGGAAGCCCUGAAACGCUUCGACGGCGCGUACUGGCGCGAUCUCUUCGACUCCCGCGUCGGCAAGAGCACGUGGCCUUACGGAUCGGGCGUGUGGUCUAAGAAAGAGUGGGUCCUACCCGAGAUCGACGACGACGACAUCGUUUCGGCCUUCGAAGGAAACUCUAACCUCUUCUGGGCCGAGAGGUUCGGUAAAAAGUUUCUAGGGAUGAACGAUCUUUGGGUCAAACACUGUGGGAUUAGUCAUACCGGAAGUUUUAAAGAUCUCGGUAUGACCGUUUUGGUUAGCCAAGUUAACCGGUUAAGGAAAAUGAAACGUCCCGUUGUAGGAGUUGGUUGCGCAUCAACAGGUGACACGUCAGCGGCUCUUUCUGCUUACUGCGCGUCCGCGGGGAUACCUUCGAUUGUCUUCUUGCCUGCUAACAAGAUCUCGAUGGCUCAGCUUGUUCAGCCGAUAGCUAACGGCGCGUUUGUUCUGAGCAUUGAUACUGAUUUCGAUGGAUGUAUGAAGCUGAUUAGAGAGAUAACCGCUGAGUUACCGAUUUAUUUGGCGAAUUCGUUGAAUAGUUUGAGGCUUGAAGGGCAGAAGACUGCAGCGAUUGAGAUUCUUCAGCAGUUUGAUUGGCAAGUUCCUGAUUGGGUGAUUGUCCCCGGUGGCAAUCUUGGUAAUAUCUAUGCUUUCUACAAAGGCUUCAAGAUGUGUCAAGAGCUUGGACUCGUUGAUAGGAUCCCGAGGAUGGUUUGUGCUCAGGCGGCUAAUGCGAAUCCUCUUUACUUGCAUUACAAGUCUGGCUGGAAGGACUUUAAACCCAUGACUGCAAGUACAACUUUUGCUUCUGCUAUUCAGAUUGGUGACCCUGUUUCUAUCGAUAGAGCUGUUUAUGCGUUGAAGAAGUGUGAUGGGAUUGUGGAGGAAGCGACGGAGGAGGAGUUGAUGGAUGCGAUGGCGCAAGCGGAUUCUACUGGGAUGUUUAUUUGUCCGCAUACGGGUGUGGCUUUGACUGCUUUGUUUAAGCUGAGGAAUAGAGGAGUGAUUGCGCCGACUGAUAGGACUGUGGUUGUGAGUACUGCUCAUGGGUUGAAGUUUACUCAGUCGAAGAUUGAUUAUCAUUCGAAAGCUAUCCCUGACAUGGCGUGUAGAUUCUCGAAUCCUCCUGUUGAAGUGAAGGCUGAUUUUGGAGCUGUUAUGGAUGUUCUCAAGAGUUACUUAGGGAAUCAGACACCUAGGUCAUAA